CCUACACAUAUUGGAGAUCAAUAAUGUGAUGUAAGAAGUUGACUUGUUCUAAAUAAAUUAGGAUGAGUACAAAAAGACAUCUUUUGACAAAGAUAAAACAAUAGGACCCAUCUUUCCAUUUUUGGGAGUAUUGAUAGAUAUUUUGGACCCCAAAUUGAAUGGGAUCAUUUGGGAAUCAUCCCACAUGACCUUGGUACCUGCAAGACAAAGGAAAAUGGGUGAGACAACUAUGUGGGGCGGACUUUUGACUCAUGAACUACAACAUUACAAAAAGGAAAUAAAAGAGGAGGUCCACACCAUGUUUGAUUGCAAUCAAAUACCCUAUCCUUCUUUUUGUGAACCACAUGCUCUCUUAGCAUGAUUGAGGCCUCCUAAUACACUCCCCCUACACCCCAUUCGAACUCCCAAGAUAAGAGAGAAAGAGAGAGCCACAUACUCCAAGGGAGAGGUGAAGAGAGAAGCUGGCCGCAGGACUCGUUUUCCAGAAAAUAGGGCUACUUGUUUGAUCCAUAACUUGAGCUUCACUCGUCCAAAUAAGGCGUAUGAUAUACCAAAAGAAAUCUCUCAAGACGAGGAAUCCGUGAAGGUCUGGUUUGAAGAAAUCGGAGUAGUGGAAGGCUUCCAAACCGUCCGAGCAAAACACAACCUUGCAGGAGAGGAUUUAAUCUUCUAAAGUGAGUUUUAACCCCAAAACUUUACUUUUCAUUCUCCAAAUGAUAUGAACGAUUGGUGGGACUAUUAUACACUAAUUCAAGUGUAUAAUAUGUCCUUAUAAAGUUAUUUUAUGUGUGUAAAGGUUGGAUACUAACCUAGAGCAAAUCUUGGAAAACUAGGAAACGAGUUAACCGGAAAACACCCAUUCUAGGGGCUGUUUUCGUAUCAACGAUUAAGGGUUGAACUAGCACUUUGAGGAGGCUGUUUAACACUCAUAUUUGAGCAAGGAAUUAGUUCCAAAUCCACCUUGACCAAAGCUUUGACCAUUGGACCAAGAAGGGAAAGUUUAAAGCUCAAUUGAGGUUGAGGCUAGAGCUUGCUUCCUGUGCUCGUUGCCUGAGUGAUUUCCCCGGAGAGAAGACUUGGUUCGUGCUUCCUCCAUCCUGUUUUAGAACAUUAAUAAACAUGCUCAUGGAUAUUUUACUUUAGAGCCUGCGUGCUCAUGUUUGCCCUGUGUGGCCCUUUUGUUUUAAACAAUGUUUUCCGCUGCGUAUUGAAUUGUUUAUUAUGUAUGUUUAUGGAUGACUUAUGUGUGAAUGAUAUUCAUGACGCCUUGUAUAAUAUGAAUGUGUUGGACUGCGGUUGGCUAUUCGUAUUGUACGGCGGGUUGUUGACGUGUCCGGGGAGGUCCGGGGCGUGACAAUUAAGUUCGUAUCAGAGCCUUAGUCCAUAAACUUCAUAAUGAAGUCUCAAAAUUCUCUUUUGAAAAGAUUUUGAAAACCAUGAGCAUAGAAGUUUUGUACUUGGAGAGCUUUUGGUACUUGGGUUGCAAGGUCUCUAAUUGUUAAGAUGGUACCCUUAGCAAUUGGUAUGGCGGUGACUCGAGCCAAAAUGUGUCUUAAGUACUUAUCCGUCAAUUGACAUUUGAUACGAGUCUAACGACUCUUUCCAAAUUUCUUUCAGAAAUGGACCGUGGUGGCAGGAUUACUAGGAGAAACCCGACUGGCCGUGUACCAGUGGAGGCUGGACAGGGCAGUCGAACGACCUCUAGGGCAUCUAGAGGAGCUGGCCGUGGAGGCCGAUCACAGACCGUGAGUGACGGUCAUGUCGACACAGAAAGUGAAACCUACUGGUCCUAUGAGGACUCAACCUAUCGACCGGAAACAGAACCGGUUGAGACCCCCUACGAAGGGGAUGAUGAUGAUGUAAGUGAUGAGGAGGAAAAUGGCUCCUUAGCACGGAUCGAAGCACUACUCCAACAGUAUCACCGUGAGCGUGAAGAGAGGAGGCAACGCCGAAGACGCCGAGCGGGGCAACCUUCGGGCAUGACUUCAAGAGGAGGAAGUCAUGGUGCAUCUAGAGUCCAUGUGGAACCACAUGGAGGCCAAAAUGAUGGAGGUCCAACCAUAAGGAUCUCCAAAUUUAUCAAAGAAGCAAGAGAUUUGGGGUGCAAACCCUUUGAUGGAGCAGGGGACAUUUCAGUUGCAGCACAAUGGAUCAAGAGGCUAAAUGAAGCAGCCCUUGACAUGCAAAUCGCGUCAAAUCUCAAACUGAGAAUUGCGGUAAGGUUGCUCGAGGGGAUGGCAUCCAAGUGGUGGGAUGGAACCAAGAGCAAGUACGGUGAGACCGUCGUUUAGGAGGACUUCCAACGGGAGUUCUUUGCCCAAUAUUAUUCUGAUUUUGAAGUGAACAAGAAGGUGAGGGAAUACACCCUCCUAACCGAAGGGGGUAACAUGACAGUGAAGGAACUUGAGUACAAGUUCCAGGAUCUCGCCGACUACAUACCGGAGUAUGCUUGUGACGAGAACCGAAUGGUAAACCACUUUUGGGAUGCUCUUGACUUGGAGAUACGUGAUAGGGCAACACAAUUGCCUAAUAUGACUUUCGCCCAAGUGGUUGACCAAGCGUUGAAGGGGGAGAAACAGUGGGAGGAGAGGAAGAAGAGAGACGCCGAGGAGGCGAAAAAGAAAAAGUGGGAGAGUCAUGGCUCCCAAGGUUCCAACAAAAAGGGGAACCAUGGAGGAGGAUCUUUCCGGACACCGCCGCCACCGUCUAGGGGGAACCAAGGCCCGAGUGGGCAAGGCGCGAGGUCACAAACCUCAGUGGUAACUCGUUGCAACAAUUGCAAGAAGAACCACUCCGGUAAAUGUCGCGACCCCCCUAGAUGUUUUCAAUGUGGGGAUGCCGGGCAUUUGAAGGCGCAUUGCCCACAACUGGGCGGGGCAAGGACAUCGGGACCAAGUAGUGGCCCGACGGGUACACGGAAUCAGACCGGGGCUUCUCAAGCAAGCAGGGGACAAGGGGGAGCAAGCGCGAGCAAUGCGCCAUCCGUGAAUCAAGGAAGGACUCAAGCUAGAGUCUAUGCGAUGACGGAGGCGGAUGCCCGGGCUAACCCAGAUUCGGUUGCAGGUUGAGGCUAGAGCUUGCUUCCUGUGCUCGUUGCCUGAGUGAUUUCCCCGGAGAGAAGACUUGGUUCGUGCUUCCUCCAUCCUGUUUUAGAACAUUAAUAAACAUGCUCAUGGAUAUUUUACUUUAGAGCCUGUGUGCUCAUGUUUGCCCUGUGUGGCCCUUUUAUUUUAAACAAUGUUUUCCGCUGCGUAUUGAAUUGUUUAUUAUGUAUGUUUAUGGAUGACUUAUGUGUGAAUGAUAUUCAUGACGCCUUG